AUGUUCUUUCUCUUCGCCAAUUGCAACUUCAUACCAGACCACUACGAUGCUUGGCAAGCAGCGUACGACGACCUGGCUGAGCAUGUCUGGGAGAACGAACCAACAACCAUGUCCUACUACUUCGGCAUCCCUCUCGACUACGCCGACGAAUUCUCCAGAACAACUUCCAUGUUCGCCUUCGAAGUCUACGGCUGCAGAGAAGACCUGUACGAAACCCACCUCAACUCCAACCCAAUGCAAAAAUUCCUCGCCACCAUCCCGGACCACUCAACCACCGAUUUGGAUUUGAAUCACUACACCGCCCUUCCCAACUCCUUCCUCGACCGUGACGGCGAUAAGAAGGAAUGCGCGAUCAUGCAAGAUACACGCAUCACUGCCAAAAGCCCUUCUGAUCGCGAAGCGCUCCUCGACCGUCUCUCGGCUCUUGCGACGAAGGUACAGGAAAGCGAGAAGGUCAACCCGUCCGGAGUGCUGUCGUUUAUGACGUUCUCGUGUCUGGACAAUGACACAGGGGCGAGGAUUUACUCGAGAUUCGAGAGCAGGGAGGCUAUGGAGAAGUUCUUGCGAAGGGAGGAUGUGCUGGGGUUCUGGAGGGAGAGCAGGAAUGAGGUGGCGAGUAUGGAGGCAAGAGGGUAUUUGCCGAAUGGGAAGGGGUGGUUGCAUCGGAAGGGGGAGAGACUCUCUGAAUUCCCACUGCGAUUGUCGUCGCACGAUGCCAUCAUGGUCAUCAUUCAACCGCACGACCACUCACUCCCAAGAGGACACAACACCAUAAGUCCUAACAACCUGAUGGCCCUCCCCACCACCACCAGCCCCCCGACUCGUCAACGUGCCGUUCUGAUGCGCAACAACACACCCAUCAACAUCCGCCACCGAGCACAGCGGCGACAGCGUCUUCGACUCCAUAUCGCAGAACAACCCAUCCGAUCCUACAAAGUCCGGCCCAUAGCUCGUCUCGGAGUUGCACAGACGCUCGGCGGUCUGUUCGGGGAAGGAGGACUUGAUGAGGCGCUGCUUCAUCCAGGGGAGACGGUCGGGCUGGGAUCGCCGGGUGCGCGAGAGGGAACGUUUGGAUGCUGGGGAUGCUGGGAGGCCUGGUUGAGAUUGCCUUAG